AUGAAUCAAGAAAUCUACGAAGAACUGCUCUUCGCAAGAACUUUGAUAACCGACACUAAAGAUUUUGAAUCUAGGUUUGAGGAUAUUUUGACUAUGGUAAUACCACCGUGGAUAAUUAAUCCAUAUGGUGACAUAGAAGAAACGACUGUCAUAAUACAAGAGGAACUGACUGAACUAAGUACAAACGAAGAACUUAAGGUUCAGUUUGAAAACGGAUAUCAGCAAUUCUGGCUACAAAACAACAAACCCGUUACUUAUCCCAAGUUAUUCUGUCAUAACCUCGAAGCCGGUAAAUUAGAAGCCAAACAACCGUUUGCAAAGCCCCUUUGGGAUAAGAUGGUGAUUCACAUUAAAGAACAGCAUACCACAGAAGUAUCCCCGGAUAAGGUAGAUUAUAUAGUAAGAACAACAUGUGCUUUACAUAACUGGUUACGAAGAACAUCAGCAAAUACUUACAUACCACCAGGAACAACCGAUUACGAAGAUAUUGAUACUGGUAAUAUAAUACCUGGAUCAUGGAGGAAAGACGUAGCAAAUAAUCAAGUGCUUCAGCCAGGUUUACGUAAAGCUGUCGCCCGUCAUGACAAGUCUGAAUGUUCCUUAUAACGCGUUGUUGCCAGUGCCACAUUGAUCAGAUAAGAUCUUGAGUGGUAUACCACUCAUAAUAUUAUUGUGAUAGUGAAACAACUCUGAUUGAGUAACGAUCAGUUAUUCAUUAAGCUUGCUAUUUGUCGCAGUGCGUGUGCUCAAAGGAUAUCACUUAUUGGGGUGAGUGCAGCAAUAUUAUACAGAAUGUUAUUGAAAAUAUUCUGGAAUCACAGAUAAAUAUAUAGUACGACAGAGCAACAAAGCGCUGUUUGUUUUAUAUAAAAGUGGAGCAACCGCGUCAACAAUGAACACGAGAAUUUUGACGACCUGCAAUGUUAAGGCACCGAGCAUGGAUAAUGUAGUCGGGGCGGCAGCACCCGAAACAUUUUAUUUUAUUUAUAUACAGUUUGGGGUGUUAACAGGU